AUGGAUCAAGUCAACCAUAUAAAAUUGACUGUCGACCCGUCGCAAGUGCGAGGAGUACUGCGAGGUCUACUGCUUGCCAUCUUCUUCCACAGAAGCCUAGAUGCUGUAGAAGCAGAGACAUUCGAGCUGCUGGAUUCUCACAUAUCAUGCUCGACAACCCCGUCUAUGCAAAAGGACAUUGCCAGCAGCAUCGAGGACUUUGCGUUGCGAUACCUCGAAAGCGGAGAAUCUCAGGGAGAAAUGGCUCUGGUUUUCCUGCGAAGUAAAGCCAAGAAGGGUUGGUUUGCUGUGACAGAGGAGCUCAUACCUUGGGAAGAACACCUCAUAACACUUAGUUUCCAGACCUCAAAGCCAUCGGCCAGUCCGCUUUUCAGCGCGCUAAUGCAAAUCGCAACGUACUGUCUGCAGCAUAAGGAUCAGGUGCCGCCCUUGACUGGCUCGUCCGAUGCUAGCGUGCCAUAUCGGAUUCUCGUUGAGCCUGCUUCCCCCGUCGAUCUAUUCUCUCCGACUUCGCCACCUUCUCACCCCAUGCGCCUGACCUCUCCUCCCCCGGCACCGCUGACGACUGCAACUCCUGCGACUGCUAUCGCACAAGGCUCGACAUUACCUUCGCGUCCCACCGAUGAGAACAUCAGCGGGAAUAGUAUGCGCCGAGGUCUGUCCCCGGCAAGUGCCAGAUUGGGGUAUCUGGAACAGGCGAAAGAUGGACUGAGAGCCGUGAGCGCCAAGGCAGGCGCAGGGGUGGGCUGGAGUGGUCGAGCCAUGGGCGCUGCCUUUGGAAAGGGUAACGGGUAUUGA